AUGGGAGUUUAUUUGCAGGUAUGCACCCUAUAGACCGAGGUUUCGAAACAGCUUGCAUGCUGCCAAUCGAGCGACACAUGAGGGCAGCAUUCAACAACAACAUAAACACGCGACUCGUGUAAAUCUGCCGCUACCCGUAUUCUUCUGACUCUGGUCUGAGUGGCUGAAAACUUUCUUAUUUAUUAGUAUUACGUCAGUAUCAGUACUACAAGUUUGUUUUCAUUAAAGCUGCCAAGAAGAUAAGGAGGAGGCAUUGAAAGUACUCAACGGACACAAAUGGAAAGGACAAGUGCUCAAAGCCAAGGUUAAACAACACGGUGACUCCACUGUGGAACCAGCCGUAUGAGGACCAGCUAUCCACCAAAUAGACCAACACCAGGGAGUUUCUGAGGAAUUUAUCCAAGAUGCUGCAACGGAAUGUUGGGGAGAUAUCUCCCUGUCUGAAGCAACAAAGGAAGAACCACAGUGGGAUGGCAUGUGAGUUGCAGCCAAUUAAGCCAUCGCCAGUAUUAGAGAGUUAUCGCAACAAGUGUGAGUUUACCAUCGGAAAGAGUGUCUAUGGCAUCGAUAACACUGUUGGUUCCGGUUUGGCGCAUACAAAGGUAAGUAUUUCCUCUGAAGUUUCCUUUUUGCAAAAGACGUAGAUCAGCUUUUAUGUUUGAUU